AUGUGUAUCUUGGUGGUGGCCCUGCGGUGCCACCCGGGCCUGCCGUUUCUGUGUCUGCACAACCGGGACGAGAACCGACAGCGGCCCUCGUUGGACGACGCCUGGGAGGAGUCCACGCGCUUGUUGUGCGGCCGGGACGCGCUGGCCGGGGGCACCGUGCUGGCGCUGCACAGGAAGGGCACCUUCUGCGCCCUCACCAACUGCCGCUCCAAAGUGCACUGGAAGAAGGACAAAACCUCCAGAGGGCUGCUGGUGGAGCACUUGGCCAUGAAUGGCUUCGCCGCCGCUGAGGGCUUCCUCCAGGAGCGCCGUAUGGACAGCUUCCACGUCGUGGCAGGGGAGGCCUUCGGCGAACAUCCGGAGGUCCACUACCUCUGGAGAGCCCCACUGGAAGGUGCCACGCCGUCCGACGACGGCGCGGACUUUGAGUGGCGCUCUGCGCAGAGGCGCCUGGAGCCCGGGGUCUUCGUGGUGUCCAACGAGAACUUGGCGGUGGGAGACGCCUGGCCGAAGAGCGAGUGGCUGCGGCGACGCCUGGCUGCUCCGAUCAAGCCUGGGAGUGCUGAACGACCACAUGUGAGCACGUACCUGCAGCAGCUGCCCGCGGAGUUGCCUUCUGCAGCUGCGCUGCACGCGGACCUCGCGGAGCUCAUGUCCCGCUUCGACGUGCCGGGCCUCAAGGAGAAGCUGCCCAUACGGGUCCCGGACUUCUUCCCCCCGGAGCAGGAGGUGAAACUGCACUCCGGGCCCUUCUGCCCCUGGCGCCCUGACGCGCGGCACUUCGGCACCGUGUCCCAGCGGAUCCUCAUCUCCGAGGCACGGACGCGGAAGAUGCACUUCUUCCAGCGGUCCACCAAUGUGCCCCAGGAGGGCGGGGGACCUCCACUCACGGGGCCCUGGCAAGAGUUCAAGAUCUCCUGGGAUGCGGCGCCGGCACGGGGGUACGCCGACUGCCAACGGCCGGCCGCGGGCGUCACGGGGGACCUCGGCCUGACGCAGGCCACUGCUCAACAGGAGGGUGAGCGCGCUAAGCAUUUGGUCCUCAAUGGGGACGCAGAGCAGGCCGCCGUGGCCGGCACAGAGGCGGCCAAUGGUGCCGGGUUGGCCGCUGCCAACUCUGAGGGCCUCGUGGGCGCGGGCGCGGGCCUCGCCGGUACCGUGGCGGCCGGCGCGGGCGCAGCCAACGUCCGGGCGGGCACCGCCUUCGACUCUGGCGACGGCGCGGACGCCGCCGCGGAGGCGGAGGCGGCACUGCGCGGCGCGGGCACGGGCGAGGGCGGCGUCGCGCUCACGGACGGCGUCGAGGGCGAGGGCGGCGCGCUGGACCAAAGCGCUACGAAGUUGGGUGCAUCGGCGGGCACCGGCGAGGGCAACAAAAACAACUUCUUGGCCACGGGCUUAGUGAGAGUGGACGCCGCCCUCAUCGCGGCCGCGGUGCUUGCUCUGCUAGCUUGCUGCACGAUGGCCUACAUGUGCAUGAAUGGAAAGACGGGCUUGGGGCUGGGGUGGAAGUCGAAGAAGGCGAAGACCACCCGGCACCUCAAGGUCCAGCGCGAGGUAGGGCUCUCAGCCUCUCGCAGCCCUUGCCUGCACAAUCCAUUCAUGAUGAAGCUUUGGCUCCUGCUGGCAAGAUGUGCGAUCGCUGCGAUCGCCAAGCGCAUCGACAAGCCGCAGGAGCCCAUCCUCCAGGACAUUGGGCUCGAUGAGGACGGCAUGCGGCGGCUGAUGCAGGGCGAGCCUUUGGAGCGAAUCCUGCCGAUGAGCUUCCAAGAGGUUGACCCCUACUUCCCUGUGCAAUGGUCAAAGCGCUUGGUGAACAAAGGCCUCCUGGGCAGAGGUGGCGGUGGCACUGUCUUCAAGUGUCAGGUGAAGUGCAACACUUCAGAGCCGGUUUUUGUCACGGUCAAGCUGAUGACUGGCUUGACCAAGAAGCUCGAGGUCUCAGUCACCCGGCAGAUGUACGGUGUCUCAGAAUAUCUGGUUUCCACAAUUGGGGCUCCCGACUACGUGCAGAAUAACAUGGGGGUGUGGAUGAUGCUGCCGUACCUGAACGGCGGCGACAUGUUCAAUCUUAUCCAAGAUUGCCGAAAGAAGCAGGAAUGCGUCUGUGGACAGCGCCUCUGCUGGACUGGCCUUGAGAAGGUGGACGGCCUCCACACGGUGUUGGGGCUUUUCUUCGAGGUGGUGCGGGGGGUGAGGGCCCUGCACCAGAAGGGCUAUGUGCAUUUGGACCUGAAGCCCGGCAACGUCAUGCUGCAGUGCAGUGGGCCUGGUUGCUAUGCACAAGUCAUCGACCUCGGCUUGGCCAGACGCAUGGGGGAACACAUCGAGGCUCUGGGCACAGCCGGCUACACAGCACCAGAGGUUCAUCAAGGCACCACGGCAGACCCCGCCAAUGACGUUUUCUCCUUGGGCAGCUUCCUCUACCAACUUCUCUACCCAAAGAGGCCUCCCUUUGCGGACGACCACCUAGGCGUGAUGACCAGGAACUAUGACCCACUCAAGGACGAAACAAUCGUACGCCCCCUGACAGAGCUGGACGAAUUGCUCAUUUUGAUGCUUCAGCCAGAACCGGAGGUGAGGAUUGAGAUUUCGCUUGUAGAGCAACGGCUGGGCAGCAUCAUCCAAAAGGGCAGCGAAGCGCUGGCCCAGGAGAUGAUCAGCAAGGAGCCUUCCCAGCGCGGUCUAGUGACGCCGGUCCCUUCCUGUUUAUUCCACUACGAGAACAGCAGCGACGUCAAGGAUAUCGGCAGUUCCACCUUCAACGAAUUGGACUGCGGAGAGGUGCCACGGAGAGAGUGGGCCUUUUGGCAUUGCGAGGUGUGCCUCUUCUGCCCGCCCUGCUGUUCCUGCCCUGUGCUGCGUCACGGCACCUUCAGGGUGCAGCACUUCCUCUCGCACACCUGCGCAUGA